AUGAGCGAAGCCUUCAACUGUGCCAAAUGCAGCGAGUCGCUUUACGGGCGCAAAUACAUCCAGACAGACGAUGGCCCCUACUGCGUGCCCUGCUACGACAACACCUUCGCCAACACAUGUGCCGAGUGCCAGCAGCUGAUCGGGCACGACUCACGGGAGCUGUUCUACGAAGACCGCCACUUCCACGAGGGCUGCUUCCGCUGCUGCCGCUGCCAGCGCUCCUUAGCCGACGAGCCCUUCACCUGCCAAGACAGCGAGCUGCUCUGUAACGACUGCUACUGCAGUGCCUUCUCCUCGCAGUGCUCUGCCUGCGGGGAGACCGUCAUGCCCGGGUCCCGGAAGCUGGAGUACGGAGGCCAGACGUGGCAUGAGCACUGCUUCCUCUGCAGCGGCUGUGAGCAGCCACUGGGCUCCCGUUCCUUCGUGCCCGACAAGGGUGCCCACUACUGCGUGCCCUGCUAUGAGAACAAGUUUGCUCCUCGUUGCGCCCGUUGCAGCAAGACACUGACGCAGGGUGGCGUGACAUACCGUGACCAGCCCUGGCAUCGAGAAUGCCUGGUCUGCACUGGGUGCCAGACGCCCCUGGCAGGGCAGCAGUUCACCUCCCGAGAGGACGAUCCCUACUGUGUGACCUGUUUCGGAGAACUCUUUGCACCCAAGUGCAGCAGCUGCAAGCGCCCUAUCACAGGACUCGGUGGAGGCAAGUAUGUGUCCUUCGAAGACCGCCACUGGCAUCACAGCUGCUUCUCCUGCGCCCGCUGCUCCACCUCCCUGGUGGGUCAGGGCUUCGUGCCGGACGGAGACCAAGUGCUGUGCCAGGGCUGCAGCCAGGCAGGGCCCUGA